CCAGGCCGAACCGAAUAAGGUCGUAAACUCGUAGCACCCAGCCACCACCACGUUGACUAUCUGCGGUACCUCCGACACAGACACAUGUUAACGCCACCGUGCGCAGCCCAAGCUCCACCGACCUAGGGCGAGGAUGUUCUAUGCAACGUUGGAACAAUCCACGUCACCAUGUCAAGGCUUUUUGCUUGUGGAAAUGUUAGAAGGGUUGCAAGUUCUGUUCACCUGAAACACAAGACUGGGUGCUUGGAGGAAGUAGUUUAUCCAAUGGGGUUUCCUUACUCCACAUACAAAUUUUUCUCAUACUAUAGACUUGUACACAAAGGACAAACUCCAUUUAUGCUAUUUAAAUCAAAGGUUAACUUGUUGAUUAAUAACAGAGUGAGGAACUGGUAUACCCUUCCUGCAAAUAAUGCAAAAUACCAGCAUGGACAAGUUUUUUGGAACAGGAUGUGUUUCCAUAAAGGGCCAGCUCUACAGCCAAUAGUUCAAAUUGCCCGUGCAGUAAGUUUGGCUAUAUUCAAAUCAAAUUUUGUUGCUCAUGGUGUGGUUGCCUUCAUAGUAGGAGAGCUUGCUUGGACACAAGAGACAUGGGCAAGAGCAGAAUCCAUCCCAACAAGGGAUUCACUGUGUUUUAGUGCACAAGAUGGACGUGUGUAUUUAACCUCAGCUCUUUUGGAAGCACUUGAGAUUCUUUUCUUGUUUCUCAGGGCUAUCUAUUUAGUAAUUUUGUUCUCUCCUUGCAUAGCUAUGGCUCCUUUAGUUGACUUCUUUGGCACUCAAUUUAGAAAAACAUGGAUUCAUGUUGUACGCCUUACUCUUGAAAAAGCUGGCCCGGCAUUCAUUAAAUGGGGUCAAUGGGCUGCGACUAGACCGGAUCUCUUUCCUAGAGAUCUCUGUGGUGAACUUGCAGAAUUUUACACCCAGGCACCAUCACAUAAAUUUACGUAUAGCAGAAAAUGUAUUGAAAAAGCAUUUGGUCGCAAGUUGAAUGAAAUAUUUGAAACUUUUGAUGAGGAACCAAUAGCUUCAGGUAGCAUCGCUCAAGUUCAUCGAGCUACACUAAAAUAUAAAUACCCUGGUCAGCAAAUCAAGCCUGUGGUUGUAGCAGUGAAGGUAAGACAUCCAGGGGUUACUGAAGCAAUUAGAAGGGAUUUUGUCAUUAUUAAUCUUGUAGCCAAGAUUUCAUGUUUCUUCCCUAAUUUGAAGUGGUUGAGAUUAGAUGAAAGCAUACAGCAAUUUUCUGUUUUCAUGAUGUCUCAAGUUGAUCUUUCAAGGGAAGCAGCACAUCUUAGUCGCUUUAUCUAUAAUUUCCGGAGAUGGAAAGAUGUUUCCUUUCCGAUCCCGCUGUAUCCCCUUGUGCAUCCAUCUGUUUUGGUGGAAACCUAUGAACAAGGUGAAAAUGUUUUGCACUUUGUUGAUGAGCUUCAAGGACAUGAGCAUAUCAAAAGUUCCCUCGCUCAUAUUGGAACACAUGCUCUUUUAAAGAUGCUUUUGGUGGAUAAUUUUAUCCAUGCAGACAUGCACCCUGGAAAUAUUCUUGUCCGUGUAGCAAAACGCAAAUCAUCACCUAAGUGGCUCUUUAAGUCAAGGCCUCAUGUCAUUUUCCUCGAUGUAGGCAUGACUACUGAACUUUCUAAGAGGGAACGAGAAAAUUUACUGGAAUUCUUUAAGGCUGUUGCACUUCUAAAUGGCCGCUCUGCAGCAGAGUGCGCACUUAUGUUAUCUACACAACAAAAUUGCUCAGACCCAAAAUCUUUCAUUGAGGAGGUGGAUAAAUCAUUUAAAUUUUGGAGGUCCUCAGAAGGUGAAACUGUCUCCACAUCUGACCGAAUGCAACAAUUGCUUGAGCAUGUUAGGCGCCAUAAAGUCAAUAUAGAUGGCAACAUUUGCGCUGUAAUAGUGACCACAUUGGUGCUGGAGGGGUGGCAGCGGAGACUUGAUCCAGAAUAUGACGUAUUGAACGCUUUGCAGACGCUGCUAUUUGAAGCUAACUGGGAAAACUCUAUGUCUUACGCCAUUGAAGGAAUUGUGGCCCCGUAAAAGGAGACCAUUUUGUUUGGGUGAAAUUUCAAAAACGGUGGUGCAGAAGGAUUAAUGGUAAAUUACUUAACUAUUGUUGAUGGUUUUCAAUUUUCAAUGCCGUUUUUUCUUUCUGCUGUUCUUAUUGAGUUUCUAAUAACACUUGGGAACUUAACAUUGUAAAAUUUCUUGAAAUAAUUUCUGAUUCUGAUAUUAACUCAUGAUGUACAAUGAACCUAAUAAUUUGCCAUUUGAACCCUUAAAU